GUUCAGUACAGAUAUGAGAGCCUGGCUGCUCUGGUGCUCCYGUGCCCCGGCACUCGCCGCCCUGUGAUUUUGGAAAACAAGCCUAAGAAGCGAGUUACACAUCCUGUGGUAAGAAACCAAAAGCAACCUGCCUUUAUUGAGUUCUCAAGAACACAAUCGACCCUUUGGUACAUUAUCAAGAUGCAUUAGGAAACUGGAUCUGGUGCCAAAAUAACUCCAUGAGUUUCCAUGACUCUCUUGACCCCCGACGCAGAUACUUUUGGAUAUAAAUUUCUGUUCUAAGAAGAAGAGUGUGUACUCCAACUCCUUUCUGCCAGCUUGCUGGCAGAGGUAUUUCACUAAGAUCAUGGACCAUCCUAGUAGGGAUAAGGAUGAAAGGCAGCGGACGACGAAAGGAAUGCCGGGAAGGAGCGGGCACGGUUCUCGGCCAAGCUCAUCAACGUCCUCUGGUGUUCUUAUGGUGGGACCCAACUUCAGAGUGGGCAAGAAGAUUGGGUGUGGGAACUUUGGAGAACUCAGACUAGGUAAAAAUCUCUACACCAAUGAAUAUGUAGCGAUCAAACUGGAACCAAUUAAAUCUCGGGCACCACAGCUUCAUUUAGAAUACAGAUUUUAUAAACAACUCGGAAGUGCAGCUGAAGGGCUCCCCCAGGUGUAUUACUUCGGACCGUGUGGGAAGUACAACGCCAUGGUGCUGGAACUGCUCGGUCCGAGCUUGGAGGAUCUGUUUGACCUGUGUGACAGGACGUUCACCCUCAAGACGGUGUUGAUGAUCGCCAUCCAGCUGAUCUCUCGGAUGGAGUACGUGCAUUCCAAGAACCUCAUCUACCGAGAUGUCAAGCCAGAGAACUUCCUCAUCGGCCGGCAGGGCAACAAGAAGGAGCACGUCAUCCACAUCAUAGACUUUGGAUUGGCCAAGGAGUACAUUGACCCCGAAACCAAAAAACACAUUCCCUACAGGGAGCACAAGAGCCUGACCGGGACGGCGCGAUACAUGUCCAUCAACACUCACCUGGGCAAAGAGCAAAGUCGUCGAGAUGACUUGGAAGCCCUUGGCCAUAUGUUCAUGUAUUUCCUCCGAGGCAGCCUGCCCUGGCAAGGAUUGAAGGCUGACACCUUAAAAGAGAGGUAUCAGAAGAUUGGGGACACAAAGAGAAACACUCCGGUUGAAGUUCUCUGUGAGAACUUUCCAGAGGAGAUGGCCACGUACCUCCGCUACGUGCGGCGGUUGGACUUCUUUGAGAGGCCAGACUACGAUUACCUGCGGACCAUCUUCACGGAGCUCUUUGAGAAGAAAGGCUACACCUUCGACUACGCCUACGACUGGGUCGGCAGGCCGAUUCCUACUCCUGUGGGAUCUGUCCAUGUGGAUUCUGGGACGUCUGCAGUGACGAGAGACAGCCACGUGCACCGGGAUCGACCAUCACAACAGGCGCUUCGCAAUCAGGCGUCAUCGGAUCGCCGGGGGGAGUGGGAGAUCCAGCCGAGCCGGCAGACAAAUACCUCGUACCUGACAUCUCAUCUGGCUGCAGAUCGACACGGAGGAUCAGUGCAGGUGGUGAGCUCGACCAACGGGGAGCUGAACGUGGACGACCCGACGGGAGCGCACUCCAACGCGCCCAUCACGGCGCAGGCCGAGGUGGAGGUGGUGGAGGAAGCCAAGUGCUGCUGCUUCUUUAAGAGGAAACGGAAGAAGACGGCUCAGCGUCACAAGUGACCGGUGUCUCCUGGGCCUUGCAGGAACCACCACGCCUGCAGCUCCUGCCCUGGCUCACUGGAAGGGGCUUCUCUUUAGGGGGGAGGAGGAGGAGGCAUAGGAGGAAGAGAGAAAAACAAAAACUAAACAAACAACAACAAAAAAAAAAGUGACAUUUUAAACCAAAAAGAGAAGAAAACUUUCCAAAACAAACCACUUUGGGGUGGAUCUGCUGAAUGGUCUCCCUCGUUCACUCCAAGCCUGAAGCUCCUUUUGGGACCAGGACUGUGGCUGGCUCAGGUCUUGGUCGCCCUGGGAGGGGGGCUGGCUGGCUGACCCUCCUUCCCGUUGUUUACGGCGAAGGCAUCGUUCACGCAAACCUGAGGACUGUGCUUAGUUCCUGCUCACUUUCCUCCCCUCCCUCCCCUGCGCUCUCUGCUCCUCCGUCCUCCUCCCUCCUCAAUUCAGUGAAGAAUUCCCAUAGGCUCGAUUGGCUGUGGAGAGGGCAGGAGGACCCGGGGCAGGCAGGAGAGCUGCUGGGAGAAGGGCCUGACUGCUGCAGCAGGAAGAGACAGGUUCCCUCCGUGGCUCCUUGGGAACAGUUACACUGUAAUGUGCAAGCUGUGAGAAAUUUGCAAUCUACUGUUCCAGUUAGGGUUUUUUUUUUCCCCGGCUCCCUUGACACCUCCCUCCUCUGACAGUAACAGAGCAGUGUGGAUUGUUUUAAAGAAGCUGACGUCGUUGCACUUUUUAUUAUUUUUAGCAUUUACAGAUGCACAUUGUAUCUGUGGAUGUCUGCGUGGCGCAGGCAGACRUGGAGCGGGGAGGACRGUGGGGUGCACGGAACGCCCYGGAGCGGGGAUGUKCACGGGCCUCGUGCCACUCUGGGGSUCCYGAYGCCGCCUCGGGCCGCGCUGAGGAAAGCAUACUUGAAUUUCCAAUCACCCUUCCCAGCUGCCGGUGAAUGUCCUUGCCGUGGUUCCCUACGCCGUGCCUGACCCAGCUGGCCGGGAGACGCGAGCCCCUGGCCCGAUGUGUGCUUCGGAGCGCUGUGUGCUGCUUCUAGAGGUAGAUCAGGACCAAGGUUCCCGGGAAGCAGCUCUUUCCUGAAGCGUGGGCGUUUCUUGGKGUGGGCAGCCGGGCAGCCUUCCCAAAUCCUUCCUUGGGGUGGUUGGGAAUCUUCUGCCAAGAGCACGCUAGCAGGAGCAAAGCUUCCCCAGCAGGGGAGAGGAUACUUCAUGCCUUAACACUGAUCCCAUGUCCGACGGUCGGAUAGGUUUGACUGGAAUCGCCUUCUCGUCCUCUGUGUGAGCACGGGGCAGGUGCAAGUUCAUCUGCACCAUCCUGCCCUGGAGCGGUGCYGGUGCUCCUGCACCACUUUGAGCCAAACCAGUAGGGAGAAAAGGGCUUGGGGUGCUCUGCACACCCAGAAAAACAGUGAAAUCUUGCAUCCAGCUGCCACGUGUCCCGAACUGGAGGAGAUUGAGGCAGCAGGAAGAGGCGACAGGGCUAUGGGAGAACCCGAGCAGCUUUGGGGAGGUUGUGAAUAGGUUCCUUGGACUUUGUCUUUCUAUGUGUGACACCAGACCAGGCUGGAACCGUUCACUUGAGGGACUUGGCUUACCCCAAAAUCCUGGAGAGCAUGAAGGGAGGAAAGGGAGAGACUAGAUUUGUCGUUUAUUCGAUGUGGUGAUAAUCUGUGUGGCUGGGAGUUUAGGGAGCAGCACUCCCGUGAUGUUCAGUUUGGUGGCUGGGUAGGAGCAGGCUUAGAGGGCUGGAGAUGAGCCUGGGCAGGGAGCUCCGGGCUUGCUCCUCGUGCAUUCCUGAGUCUGAAAAGCCUCGCUCGUGGCCGGGAUCCCUGCAGGGCAGCUCGACUCCAUUCUCCGCUGCGUUCUCUCCAUGCCUUACCCCCUGAGCGCGGUGGAGGCAUGGAGCCCUCGGCUCAGCGUGUGCCUCCUUCCCUGCCAGCAAAGCGCUUUCCUCAGCUGGGCCGGGGGCAGGAAUGGUGCAGGAACGGGGCAGGAACGGGGCACAAAGGGCACUGCUCCCCUCCCACAGGCGCCUGUGGCCCUGUCCCCUCCUGCCCAGGGAGCACGCGGCCGUGCCCACUUUCCACCUUUCUCUUUGCAAGCCCCUCCGCUGCUGGUGGCUCCUGGGUCUCUGGCACAGGCGUUCCCCUCCCUGCUAUAGGAACCAUGGUCUGGCGUCUUGGGAUUGGGGUUGAGCCACCCUGCCCGCUGCCRAGGGAGCCGGGCCCUGAGACACUUCUGUUGCUGCCCUCCCAAGCCCCACUAAGUGCCUGUCACCAGAACUCKAUUCCUUCUGCAUCUCCUGCCGUGUUUGGUCAUUCCUCGCUGCCUCCGCUCAAGGAGCAGCUUGUAGUUGCAGCAUAUGUAAGUGUUUGCAGGGUGAGGGAGGGCUGGGGGGAAAGGGGCCAUCUCAACAGGUUUUGUUCUUAAAUGUUUUUGGUUUGUUUCGUUUUGUUUUGGGUUUUUGUUUUUUGGUUUUUUGUUGUUUUUUUUUUUUUAAGUGAAUGUAUUUGAUUGUUUAGAAACUUUCCUGACCUUCUUUUUAAGUGGGUUGGUUUGAAAGCUGUUUCAUGGUGACCCACUACGGCUUCUCUCUGGAGAUACGGUGUUCUUUUAAUCCUACAAUGAUGUGUUUGUAGGGGAGGACUGUCCCCCCACGGCAUGCUGGUAAUGCUCACUUGUACCAAGCCCUCUUGCACUAUAAUCGUACGUUGGACUCUUCAAAAAAGGGCAAAGAUGUGGGGUGGCUUUUUAACAAAAAAAAAUUAAUAAAGAAAAAAAGGAAAUAAAGCAGGUUGACAGCAAGUCCUGUGCUUGAGGGAAGCGCUGUCCCCAGGGAGCUCGGAGGUGCUGAGGAGAGCAGCCAGGCUGAGCUGUGGAAGGACGCAGGGCAUUAACCUGCAGGGCAAUCCCUGCUCUCCCUGCCGGCCAAGGGGAGGGCUCUUGGGGGCUCUCUGCCCACCAACGGUGCGAUGCAGUCUUCUGAGGUAUCAAGUGAGAUGAUUAUUAUUUUUUUUUUCAAUAAAACAUUGCACUGCUG